GCAGCCAUGGAGAUGGAUUUUUGCACCUCAAGUGGAACCAACACAUCUGAAAUCUAAAAUCUACAGGCCGUGUCAAGAUGCGGUUCUAUUUGGCUCUAUUAAAUGUGCUGGCUUUUUGUACAAUAACAAUAAAUGGCCACGAGGCGUGCCCGGGCUCACAUGGUCCGCUGUGUGGCAAGAAUGGAACAUGCUACAUCACCUUUGCCAACGAGUGUAUUCGCAAUCUCUUCAACAGGCAACAAACCGCAAAUAGCUUGAAAACAUUCCAGGUGGUGCAGCGAACAGCUUGCACACCCCACAAAAAGCCUCUUUGCAGGUUUCGCCAAAUGACAAACUGGAGUUUUAGUGAAAACAUCAAAGGAAUGAGCACAAAGAAGCCUGAAAAUAAUUUAAACCAUUAAUUAACUAAUUAAUAAUUGGAUGGAAAAUAUAAUGCAAGCCAGGAUAGCUAUGAAAA